UGUUAGCUACCACGGACCGUUCAACCAAAGCAAAUUAAAAUCAAAGCUUCCACCAAAGAAAGAUAAUUCUCAACAAUGGAAGAAACACAAACACCCCACAUAGCCAUGAUAUCGAGUCCAGGGAUGGGUCAUCUCAUCCCACUCGUUGAAUUUGCCAAACGCCUCCUUCUCCACCAUGACUUCACCGUCACCUUGAUCCUUCCCAGCCUCGGCCCUCCCCCUAAAGCUCAGUUGGAACUCCUUCAAUCCCUCCCCAUUACCAUAACCCACAUCUUUCUUUCCCCAGUUAGCUUCGACGACUUACCUGCACAUGGCGUAAAGCAAGAAAUCAAAAUCUUUCUGUCUGUCACUCGUUCUCUUUCUUCUAUACGGGAUGCGCUCAACUCGUUAGUCUCAACUACUAGGCUUGUGGGAUUGGUUGUUGAUUUAUUUGGCACCGAUGCUUUUGAUGUCGCAAAGGAAUUCGACAUUUCUUCCUACCUAUUUUUCCCGACAAUGGCUGUUGCGGUAUCGCUGUUCUUUUACUUGCCAAGCCUCGACGAGGCGGUUUCCUGCGAAUACAGAGACAUGCCUGAACCGGUUAGUUUGCCAGGAUGCGUGGACUCCCCUGUCCACGGACGAGACUUUCCGGAACCUUUACAAGACCGGAAGAAUGAUGCGUACAAGUUGUUCGUUCACCAUUCAAAACGUUGCAGUUUAGCAGCGGGAAUCGUGUUGAAUAGCUUCGUGGAGUUAGAAGCAGAGUGUAUACAAGCCUUGCAAGACGCCAGUGAACCGCCGGUAUACCCGAUCGGACCACUUGUACAAAUCGGUUCGAGUAGUGGGGUUGGUGGGUCAGAGUGUUUGCGAUGGUUGGAUGCUCAGCCACGCGGAUCUGUUUUGUUUGUUUCAUUUGGGAGUGGCGGAACUCUGCCGUAUGCUCAGUUGAAUGAAUUAGCUCUGGGAUUGGAAAUGAGCGGGCAAAAAUUCUUGUGGGUUGUGAGAAGCCCAGACCCAGAUGAUGGAUCCGUCAGCGCCUCAUUUUUCAGCGCCCAGAGUCACGAAGACCCUUUCAAUUUCUUACCGAAAGGGUUUUUGGAGAGGACCAAAGGGCGAGGUUUAGUGGUGCCAUCCUGGGCACCACAAAUCGAGAUCCUUAGCCAUGGCUCGACGGGUGGGUUCAUAACUCACUGCGGCUGGAAUUCGAUCCUCGAGAGCGUUGUGAAUGGCGUGCCUUUGAUAGCUUGGCCUCUCUAUGCGGAGCAGAAGUUGAACGCGGUCUCGUUAACCGAGGUUCUGAAGGUAGCGCUCAGACCAGAAAGAAAUGAAUAUGGGCUGGUGGGGCGGAUGGAGAUAGCGAAGCUUGUGAAGGCUCUCAUGGAAGGGGAAGAAGGGACAAGGAUUCGCGACCAGAUGAACCGCUUUAAGGAAGCUGCCGUUAAGGCCAUAAGUAAAGACGGUUCUUCCACAAAAUCUCUUUCUGAGUUGGUGCUCCAGUGGAAGAAUCACUAGAAUCAGCUUAAUUUCUUAAUUUCUUCUUUUUCGUGAAAUUUGCUUUAUAAAAAUUCCUCUUCAGGAUACAUAGAAUCAUAUAAUUUGUCUC